AAGACAUCAAAGCCAGCAGUUACCAGUCGGUCAAAGAGUCUCGGUCAGUCACAGAGCCAGCCGGUUCAUCCACUGCUCCCCGCUACACGCGACCAAAAAAGUCACAGAACGUACGAAGGCAGGUACCCCACGCGCAACGGACGUUACGUACAACUGCGUGCGUGUAUGGUCGACGUCUUCAAGUCAGCGUCGUCCCGCUGCGUCCCGUUGCUAGCAUUUGUCAGAUCGACUGCGCAGAGUAGUGUACACCACACUCGCUACGUCUGUCUAUCUAUCUGCACAUGCGCAACGCCCCGCCACCGACAUCAGUCGCCUCGUCCGAAGCAAGCUGACCCUGUCGAGCGUCCUUAGUCGACCUAGUCGCGCCGUCGCCAGGAACCCGCCCAGCUUAUAUAGCUACCUACCUUAUCGAACUGGCGAUACUCGGUACAGAGGUACUUGGUUAUCAUUGCAAGAAUCUAAGGGAAUCCCAAGCUCUGCCACUCUUCUGCCCUCUGACCUGGACCGGCCGGACUUCGUCCCCCCCGCCCCUCCUUCCGUCCGUUCCGCCUCCUCCUGACGCUCCUGACUCUCCUGACUCCUGAGUUCCCUGCGGCCCGUCCCGGUGCGAAUAAUUCCGGGCCUCCUACGCUUCUCCCUCUCUUCAACCCCCCCCCCCCCCUUUACUAACCCCCCCUCCCCCCCUCCCUUUUCUCAUCAUGUCGCCCGUCACCGCAAACCUCAUCCGCUCCUCCCUCCGUCAGGCUUCUGUCUACUCCCGUCUCAACAUCGCCACUGCUCCUGCCUUUACUCGCCCUGCUGCCCCUUCCCUCUUCGUCUCCAAUAACAGAUUCCGCACAAUGGCUUCCGAGGCUUUCCAGAAGAUCAAGGUCAAGAACCCCGUCGUCGAGCUCGAUGGCGAUGAGAUGACCCGCAUCAUCUGGCAGGACAUCAAGGAGAAGUUCAUCUACCCCUUCCUUGACAUCGACCUCAAGUACUAUGACUUGGGUCUCGAGUACCGUGACCAGACCAACGACCAGGUCACUAUUGAUGCCGCCGAGGCCAUCAAGAAGUACUCCGUCGGUGUUAAGUGUGCUACCAUCACUCCCGAUGAGUCUCGUGUAGAGGAGUUCAAGCUCAAGCAGAUGUGGCUGUCCCCCAACGGCACCAUCCGCAAUGCUCUCGGUGGCACUGUUUUCCGUGAGCCCAUCGUCAUUCCCCGCGUCCCUCGCCUGGUGCCCGGCUGGAAGAAGCCCAUCAUUAUUGGCCGCCACGCCUUUGGUGACCAGUACCGCGCCAAGGACCUCGUCGCUCCCGGCCCCGGUAAGCUCCAGAUGGUUUACACCCCUGAGGGUGGUGAGCCCCAGGUCAUCGACGUCUUCGACUACAAGAACGGCGGCGGUGUUGCCCAGACCCAGUACAACACUGAUGAGUCCAUCGAGGGCUUCGCCCACGCUUCCUUCAAGCUCGCUCUUGACAAGGGUCUUCCCCUCUACAUGAGCACCAAGAACACCAUCCUCAAGAAGUACGAUGGCCGCUUCAAGGAUAUCUUCCAACAGAUCUACGAUACCCAGUACAAGGAGGCUUUCGAGGCCAAGAAGAUCUGGUACGAGCACCGUCUCAUCGACGACAUGGUCGCCCAGAUGAUCAAGAGCUCCGGUGGCUACAUCAUGGCCCUCAAGAACUAUGAUGGUGAUGUCCAGUCCGAUAUCGUUGCUCAGGGCUUCGGCUCCCUCGGUCUCAUGACCUCCGUCCUCAUCACCCCCGAUGGUAAGACCUUCGAGUCCGAGGCUGCCCACGGUACCGUCACUCGCCACUACCGCGAGCACCAGAAGGGUAACCAGACCUCCACCAACCCCAUCGCCUCCAUCUUUGCCUGGACCCGUGGUCUUGUCCAGCGUGGCAAGCUCGACAACACUCCCGAGCUCAUUGCUUUCGCUGAGGCUCUCGAGAAGGCCUGCAUUGACACCGUCGAUAUCGAUGGCAUCAUGACCAAGGAUCUCGCGCUUGCCUGCGGCAAGACCGGCCGUGAGGAUUGGGUCACCACCUCCGAGUACAUGGCUGCCGUCGAGCGCCGCCUCAAGAGCACUCUCAAGGAGAAGCUCUAAGCCACACUACCCUGAGGCAUUCUCAAACACCUCUCCAAAAAGGAAUGGAACAAGUCGGACGUGAGAUGACGGUUGGAUCAGCUACCCCGGUGGACCGGCUAAACGGUCUAGUUCUGCUGCACCCGCAGGCGAAAGGAGAUGCACGGAACAGGGGAUUGAAAAGUAAAGACGAAAACAGCAUCGUCCUGGAUAUCAUCUUUUGGUUUACGCAUUAAAGUGCAUUCAUUGCAUUUGCGCCUUGCGUCUUGCGUCUUUUACACCCCACCAACAAGAGGGAUCAAGGCAAGGAGUCAUCGGUAUAAUUUGCUGGCAUUGUCAUUGCUGCACCAUCCAUUUCGGAGUUUUUGGAAAUCGGCGGGCAUCUUGUACACAGGCUUACAGCAUCUUUACGAACAUAUUCAAAGAGUAAAAUACCCUUCAAACAAAACCGAAUCUUUUAUUUACUUACGUAUUCUCUGUUUACUUGGUGUUCUCCCACGUUCCGGUAUUUGUUUUGUCCCGGCUUUUCGAAUCAGUAGAUCAGCUACACGUUUCUUGUAGGGCGCUAUUUCUAGUUUCAAACGUUGGCUACGUAUACAAACAGCACCACUAUUUUCUAUGGUCG